AUGGCGGACCGUGAGCAACCCGUCACGCUGAGAACUCGCAAGUUCAUCCGCAACCCUCUCCUCGGCCGCAAGCAGAUGGUCAUUGACAUCCUCCACCCAAGCCGCGCCAACAUCUCCAAAGAUGAGCUCCGUCAGAAACUCGCCGAGAUGUACAAGGCCAGCAAGGACCAGGUCAACGUCUUCGGUCUUCGCACACAGUACGGUGGGGGAAAGACAACUGGAUUCGCAUUGGUCUACGAUUCGCCCGAGGCAUUGAAGAAGUUCGAGCCACACUACAGAUUGGUUCGUGUUGGAUUUGCGAACAAGAUUGAGAAGGCCAGCAGACAACAACGUAAGCAACGUAAGAACAGACAAAAGACGCUCCGGGGAACGGCCAAGGUCAAGGGUGCCAAGAAGAAGAAGGAGUCAUAG